AUGACACUGAAAGAGGAGAGUCAAGAACUCAGUGAAAAGGAGGAUAAUGUUCAGCAUGAGAAAUAUAAUUUCAUGACUGGAGAAAAAUCAUUUAGUUGCUCACAUACUGAAAAGACUACACAAAAAAGAGCUCUAAAGACAGCAAAUAGAAGUUAUUUUACCUGCCAACAGUGCGGGAAAAGUUUCACCACAAAAGAAAAUAUUGAAGUCCACAUGAGAGUUCAAGCUGGAGAAAAGCCUUGUGGAAAGAGUUUCAUUAAUAAACCAAACCUUAAAAACCACACGAGAAUUCAUACUGGAGGGAAACCUUACACAUGCUCUCAAUGUGGAAAAAGUUUUAAACAUAAACAACACCUCGAUGACCACAUGAGAAUUCAUACUGGAGAGAAACCUUACACAUGCCAACAGUGCGGGAAAAGUUUCAACAGAAAAGGUAACCUUAAAAACCACAUGAGAAUUCACACUGGAGAGAAACCUUUCACCUGCAAACUGUGUGGCAAAAGCUUCAUUAGUAAAUCAAACCUUAAAAGCCACUUGAGAAUUCACACUGGAGAGAAACCUUACACAUGUUCUCAAUGUGGAAAAAGUUUUACAUGUAAACAACACCUCAUUGACCACAUGAGGAUUCACACUGGAGAGAAGCCUUUCACCUGCAAACUGUGUGGAAAGAGCUUCAUUCAUAAACCAAGCCUUAAAAGCCACAUGAGAAUUCACACUGGAGAGAAACCUUACACGUGUUCUCAAUGUGGAAAAAGUUUUACAUAUAAACAAUGCCUCGAUGACCACAAGAUAAUUCAUACUGGAGAGAAACCUUUUCGCAGCGCUGGUGGAAACGACACGAGACCAUAUAUUACCGCAACUGUCAAGACCGGCCCAGAUGGUGUUUAG